UCGCGCUACGUAAGGCAUGCGCUCCGGUUAGCUCGCGGAGAAGAUGGCGGCUCCUGGACCGGGGGAGUAUUUCAGCGUCGGGAGCCAUGUCUCUUGCCUCACCUGCCUGGGCCAGCGGCUGCAAGGGGAGGUGGUCGCCUUUGACUACCAGUCCAAGAUGUUGACUCUGAAAUGUGCUUCCUCCAGCGGCAAGCCCAACCUCAGCGACGUCGUCCUGAUCAACUUAGCCUACGUUUCCGAAGUGGACAUCAUCACUGACCGCACUGAGACUCCGCCCCCUCUAGCAUCGCUGAAUGUCAGCAAGCUUGCCAACCGAGCAAAGACAGAAAAAGAGGACAAGCUGUCCCAAGCCUAUGCAAUCAGCGCUGGGGUGUCUGUUGAGGGCCAGCAGCUAUUCCAGACUAUUCACAAAACCAUCAAAGAGUGUAAAUGGCAGGAGAAGAACAUAAUCGUGAUGGACGACGUCGUCAUCUCGCCGCCUUACCAGGUGGACAACUGCAAAGGCAAAGAGGGAAGCGCUUUAAGUCAUGUACGCAAAAUAGUGGAGAAACAUUUUAGAGAUGUGGAAAGUCAGAAGUCCGUGCAGCGUUCACAAGCACAGCAAACACAGAAGGACUCAACUUUAUCUUCUUGAGGCGCCGCCGCGGGGAGGCCGGGCGGCGGCGGCGGGGGGGAGGGGGCUGGAGUCCCGGGGCGGGCACCGCCGCCGUUCCCGUUGCCGCCGCCAAACCGAGUCGGCAUUCCUUGUCCUGAGCGCGGGCGUCCGCUACGAGGCGGUGCGCUGAGGUUCCUUCCUGGAUCAUGAAGACGAUAAAAAGAAAAAAACUUAAUGAAAAAAAAAAAAGAAAAAAGAGAGAAGAAAGAUGAAAUCUUAAAUUAGACUUUAUAAAAGAAUAAUUUAAUCCUGAACCAUAAAGCCACCAUAGUUUCCUUGACUAACUUGAACCCUGCCUCCUGCUCCUCCCUCGCCUCCCGUUCUUCCUUCCUUCCUUCCCUGUCUUCGCCUUCAGUUCCAUUUCAGAAGACAAAAACUAGCGCAGUCAGAAAGGCUUGUUAGCUUUAUUUUCUGUCAUCUUUUUUUUUGUUUGUUUCUUUUGCCCGUCUCCCAUGUUCUACUGUCUGUAUUUUCUGUAUUUUAAAACAAAAUGUGACUUGAAACGCCACACUUUAAAGGACAUUUUCUAAAAUAAACGUAACAAAAAUUCUGACUGUAUAUUUCAGCCA